AUGUCUUCCUUCAAAAGCUAUGGAAAAGUCUACGAAGUUGACCAAGAGAGACUCGAAGCUCGUCGUACAACAAGGAAAAGAAUCGCCAUCGUAGCCCUAUCAGCAAUCGUCCUCGUCGGAAUAAUCGUCGGCGCCGUUGUGGGGACGUCUGCAGGCGGCCCAGACCCGAAAUCCGAAUCCAACGGCUCGAUGAGUGGGACCGAUUCACUCUCAACGUCCAUCCAGGCCGUGUGUAAGGUGACCCAGUAUCCCGACUCGUGUUACAGCAGCCUAAAACCACUUAUCAACUCGACCCGAGUCGACCCGGUCGAGCUCUUCCGUUUAUCUCUGCAGGUAGCGAUGGACGAAGUAUCCAGAGCGUUGGAUCGGAUGUCAGUACACGGAAUCGACGACGCAGCUAUAAAUGAUUGCAAGGAGCUGGUGGGCCUCACAGUAGACUUCCUCAAUGGAUCAUUAUCGUUCGUUGAUCUAACAUCAACCGAUACCGUUGAUAAUCUCGAGACGUGGCUAAGUGCAGCUGGGACCUACAUCGAAACAUGCAUCGACGGUCUUCAAAAUUCGACCGAAGCAAUCAAAACCCAAAUCACUGAUUCAUUGAAAAACUCUACUGAGUUCACUAGCAAUAGUCUGGCGAUUGUCACUGCCAUUUUCAACGUUGUGGAUUCAUUCAAGCUACGACGGCUGAUGGGCCACUCUCAUAGAGAAUAUCCAAGAUGGGUGUCAGUGAAAGAUCGUAAUCUACUUGAUAAAUCGGAUCCAAGAGCAAAUGCUGAUAUCGUGGUUGCUAAAGAUGGGUCCGGGAAAUACAAGACGAUCACGGCCGCUCUUAAGGCGGUCCCAGAUAAUAGUAAGGAUCGGACGGUGAUCUAUGUGAAGAAAGGGAUUUAUUAUGAGAAUGUGAGGGUUGAGAAGUCAAAAUGGAAUGUGAUGAUGAUCGGCGACGGUAUGAAUAAGACCAUUGUCUCCGGUAGUAAGAAUUUCGUCGAUGGGACGCCAACGUUCUCUUCGGCAACUUUCGCCGCCUUUGGCAAGGGCUUCAUCGCUCGGGACAUGGGAUUCCAGAACAACGCCGGCGCGAUCAAGCAGCAGGCAGUCGCCUUAAUGGCCAGCUCCGAUCAGUCAGUUUUCUUCCGAUGCAGCUUCGACGCGUUCCAAGACACGCUCUACACACACUCCCUCCGUCAGUUUUAUCGCGAGUGUGACAUCAUCGGGACCGUCGAUUUCAUCUUCGGCAAUGCAGCCGUCAUCCUCCAGAACUGUACAAUCCGUCCCAGGGUCCCGAUGCUGGGCCAGCAGGACACGAUCACGGCCCAAGGUAAGAUGGACCCGAAUCAGAACACGGGUAUUGUGAUACACAACUGCCAGAUCACGGCCUUUGGGAACCUUACAUCUGUUCAAACAUACCUUGGUAGGCCAUGGAAACCGUACUCGACGACAGUGUACAUCCAGUCCAUGAUGGGUGGGUUGAUCGAUCCAGAUGGAUGGUUGCCAUGGGUCGGAGAUUCUGCACCGGACACGAUCUUCUACUCUGAGUAUGGUAACUAUGGGCCCGGUUCGUCGACAAAAAAUCGGGUGAAAUGGAAGGGAUUAAGGAGUAUUAGCUCUAAGCAAGCUACUAAAUUCACUGUUAGCUCUUUUAUUAGUGGGGAUAAGUGGAUUUCAAAGGCAGGUGUUAGUUAUAAGGCUGGGAUUUGAGUUUCACUUUUUAAUCUUGAGGUGAUUGGUGCAAGUGGGGCCCAUAGUUAGAUGAUCUAGAGUGUUGAGUUGGAUGGUGGACAACCCUAAAAUCAUUAAGAAUGGAAGAUCCUAGCCAUCCAAUAAUUAGACUAUGUUCUGGACCAUUGGUGUGAUUUUUUUAUUUUUUUAUUUUUUUCUCUUAGACGUCUGUUCAUGGGCUACUUAUGAAAGGGUUAGGAUUUUCCAAUUUAUGAAAUUUCGGGCUGUCUCGCAUCGAUGAUGGGACCCCUCUGAUCAAUGAUUUGGAUCACCUAACCCUGGAGCCACUUGGGCACUAGUACGUCGGGACCUUUUUUUUUUUUUUUUGUAGUUUUGGUACGUGGGUCUAUUGUUAUUUUGGAAAAUUAUAUGUGAUUGAGUAUUGAUUAAUAUAAAUUGGAAUAAAAUAAUGAAGAGUUUUGUUAUAUGGGUUUGCAUUAUAAUUUUGAUCGGUUGUUUUUUUAUUUUAUUUGAUUUUUUUCUUUGGGGGGAGGCUGAGGGCCUGUUUGGGUGCUACUAAAAAAAAGUUCUAUCUCA